CUAGAAGAUUGAAUGCGCGAAGUCGCCAUUGAACUUAGGACUUGGUGUCAGCAGGCGCAAACGCAUCAUGGCGGCUCUAAGAGAGAUGCCUCGUGCGAGCUGUCAGCUUCUUAGCAGUGUAUCGCGCUGGAAGCCUCGCGCAACAAACUUUCAAAGAUGUGUAUCAACCGGAGCCGCUGCGCCUGCACCUACAAUACCUGAUAUUGAGCAAGACUCUGGCCUGGCGACCCCAAUUCCUGCUAGGGAGGGCAUUAAACUUACUGAUCCACGAAAGAGAGCAAGCCGUAGAAACUAUGAGCUUCCCCACGAAAGAUACCGAUACCGUCCUCCAAAGUUCGACCGAGGACCUUUACACCCGGUCCAACCGCCACCGUCUUCAGAUCCAGUCGCUCGAAACUUCUCUCCUGGGCCAUUCAACCUUCCUCGACUCAAGCAGACCUACCACUCAACUGUCACCUCAGAUAUCAUGACCAUGACGUACCAGCAUAUCCCCCCUGGAACUCCCCCCGAGCCCGAAAAGAUUCGAUUACGGGAAUGGGACGACUCAUCACCAUACAUGAAGAACCGACCCAAACGUGGGCCACGAGGUAGAGGCGUUCUCUUCCCUAUUGAAAAGAAUCUCAACUGGCGCAACCUUCCUGAGAUUAGGGCCGUGCAUUUAUCUAUGUACAUGCCAAGUGCCAAGAGGAACCCGGAUCACCUCAUCGUUGGACGGUCGGUACUGCAAACUAUAACAGGUGUCCGCCCCGUGGUCACGAGAACGAAGAAGAGCGUUGCCCAGUGGGGUAUUGUCAAGGGUGACAGGACCGGUGUUAAGGUCAGCGUUUACGGAGAUCAGGCCUAUGAAUUCGUAGAUAAGAUGAUUCACUUGGUGUUUCCUAAGAUCAAGGAUUGGAAGGGUAUUCCGGGUACCUCCGGCGACCAUACUGGUAAUAUCAGCUGGGGCUUCGAACCUCAGGACGUGCAAUACUUCCCAGAAGUUGAGGCUAAUUAUUCAUUAUAUCCAUCUAAGAUGGUUUCCGGUUGCUACGUCACCCUCGAAACUACGGCGAAGUCAAACAGACACGCCAGGCUACUAUGUAUGGGUUUAGGCAUCCCAUUCCAGGGCGAGUUAGUAGAAUAAGAAGCGACAACGCUCCUGUUGUCUACUUGUACAUAUAUCAUCCCGCCAAAUAAGCAAGAUGCGAUACACUGUAAUACAGCUGUACAAUAUGAAACGUCACGAGUCAUAACGAGUAGACGAUGUAAUUCCCAUUUCAUC